AUGUCGCUUCACAGAUACUCAGGAACUCAUGGCGUGCCGCCACUACCGAACCUUGGAGCUUUGCAACAACAUCACGCUCCAAAUCCCAACUCUGCUCAGUCAGCCUCUAAUAGCUCCGGUAGAAUAGUUGUUGUGAACGGCUUUCCGGGCACAGGCAAAUUCACAAUUCUCAAACGGCUCAAAGAAUACCUCCCCAGCGACAGGACCUGUCUGUUUGACAAUCAUCUACUCAUCGAUCCUGUUGCGGCAGUCAUUCCCGAUCGAAGCGACAGACACCACGAGCUGCGUCGCUUAGUUCGAGCACCUAUCUUUGCGGAGCUGGGUAAACGUGCGAAAGACGGCGACACUAUCCUUAUGACAGCAUGCCUAGCUGCGGAUAAUCAGAGGGACGAAGACUUUCUUCAGGAACAUCUCGAUAUUGCUCGCAAGAACGGCGUACCCAUGUACUGGAUCAACUUGCACUGCGACACUACUAUUCUUGAGCAGCGACUCUCGACUCCGGAGCGCCAGCAGGGCAGCAAAAUAAAGCUUACGGAUAUAGAUGUUCUCCGGAACAUACUGGAGAAUAAUCGACUUCUUCAGCCUGGCAAUGUUGGAGAUGCGAGAUUGGGUUUUGUUUUCGAGAGCUUGGAUGUGAGCGGAGAGCUGGAAUUCAAUGUAAGCCGUCUGAUGGGCAUCAUUGAAAAACAACCAAGGCCAUAA